AUGUUACUAUUCCUUAUGCUCUUCUACGCCUUCUUCGCCAUCGUAUUCUCGCAGUACGGCUCCUACUAUCGUCAAAACCCCUAUGCUCAACGGACGUACUACUCCAGGAGUCCAUAUCAGUACGGCCAAAAUCCUUACUACAGAAAUGCCUAUGGAUACAGCCAAAAUCACUACUACAGGAAUUCUUAUGGCUACAAUCAAUAUCCUUCCUAUAGGAGUCCUUGCGUCUACAAUCAUGCUUACUAUAGAAGUCCUUGCGGCUACAAUCAAUAUCCUUCAUAUAGAAGCUCCUACGGGUACAACCAGUACCCUUCUUACAGAGGUGCUUACGGAUCCAGCCAAUAUCCGUCUUACAGGAAUUCUUAUGGGUACAGCCAGUAUCCUUCCUAUGGCUACAACCAGCAAUAUCCAGGUUACUAUCAGCAGAACUACAACUAUCAAGCCCCCUCAGCAUAUGGAAGACCAUACGGAGGUGGUUACAACGUCGACCAGUACGGAAACGCUUACCUUGGUAAUCCGAACGCCGGUUUUUUCCUCACGUGCAAUGGUCGAGGAUGUGCCACACGCGGAUAG